AAAAUGGAAAAGAGGAUAGAACUUAUAACAGGACUGGAUACGAUCUUUCGAAAGGAAGUGAAAACAACAGAAAAAUUCCAGGUGGUGAACUACGGUAUUGGAGGACAUUAUUCAUUUCACUAUGAUGCACUAGAUAUGCGAAACAGGACGGAGAUUGAAGACGGGAGCUAUAAACAUGAAGACAGAAUAGCUACAUGGAUGUUUUAUCUGAACACUGUAGAAGCAGGAGGUGCUACAGUCUUCCCUAAACUCAAUAUAAGGAUACUCCCAAUCAAAGGGUCUGCCGUUUUCUGGUACAAUCUGCUGCCGAGCGGUGAAGUUGACUAUCGAACGCAACACGCAUCAUGCCCGGUGCUAUUUGGUACAAAAUGGGUGACAACUAAGUGGAUUCGUGAACGCGGCCAAGAAUUCCGGAAACCAUGUAAAACACAUCCUAUGGCGGAGCAUUUCUGAUGUGUCAUCCACGAUGUAUGUGUCACCAGCUUUGUAUCUAUUCGACAGGAACACAUACUUUAAUUUGUUUUAUAAAUAAUUAAG